AUGAUGCAACCGCGUCUGCGUUCGCGUUUUCUUUUUAUACUCUUACUCUUCGCUUCAACCUUCUUAGCGAUCAACGCUCUUGCUUGUCGUCCCGACCAGAUACAAGCUAUUCUGCAGUUCAAGAACGAGUUCGAAUCCGGCGGUUGCAACCGCAGUGACUAUCUCAACGGAGUAUUGUGCGACAACGUGACUGGUGCGGUCACGAAGCUACAGCUUCCAAGUGGUUGCUUCACUGGAACUCUCAAAUCCAACAGUAGCCUCUUUGGCUUCAACCAUCUUCUUUACCUUAACCUCUCUCACAACAACUUCACAUCUUCUUCACUUCCUUCCGAAUUCAGCAAUCUCAACAGAUUAGAGGUUUUGUCUCUUUCCUCUAAUAGCUUCACUGGUCAAGUCCCUUCCUCAUUUAGUAACUUAAUAUUUCUUACUCAUUUAAACCUUUCACACAACCAGCUUACUGGUAGUUUCCCACUUGUGAGAAAUCUCACCAAGCUCUCGUCUUUAGACCUUUCUUACAAUCAAUUCUCAAGAACCAUACCUUCUGAUUUACUACAAACUAUGCCCUUCUUGUCUCAUCUUAAUUUGAAAGAGAAUCAUCUCACUGGUCCUAUUGAAGUUCCCAACUCUUCUUCUUCUACAUCUAGGCUGGUGUAUUUGUCCCUUGGGAAUAACAAAUUUGAAGGACAAAUCCUUAAGCCUAUCUCAAAGCUCAUUCACCUUGAAUACCUUGAGCUUUCUUCCCUAAACAUCAGUUAUCCUAUUGACUUAAGCAUCUUCUCCUCCCUAAAAGCUUUGUUGAUUCUUGAUAUCUCUAAGAAUAGGAGCAUUCCCUAUUCCACCACCUAA